UUUUUUUUUUUUUUCAACAACCGGCCGCGUGGGAGAGAUACUAACCUAACAGCAACACCGUUUGCCCAAUUUAUCAGCGUUUGCUUAUGGAGUUCGCCACCUGAAUUUCAACUCCAAUUCCCUACUAUACACUUCGAGGUUGCCUGCCAUGUCGGAAAGCGACAAGUACGAGGUGUUGGAAAAGAUCGGCCAUGGCUCGUUUGGCGUCAUCCGAAAAGUCCGUCGCAGGGUCGACGGCAUGGUUCUCUGCCGGAAGGAGAUCAGCUACCUCAAGAUGUCCCAGAAGGAGCGCGAGCAGCUCCACGCCGAGUUCCAAAUCCUCUCGACCCUCCGCCAUCCAAACAUCGUCGGCUAUUACCACCGCGAGCACCUCAAAGCCAGCCAGGACCUGCACCUCUACAUGGAAUACUGUGGUAACGGGGACCUGGGGCGGGUCAUCCGGAGUCUGUCAGACAAGAACCAAUAUGCGGAGGAGGCCUUUGUCUGGAGCAUUUUCUCCCAGCUCGUAACGGCGCUGUACCGCUGCCACUAUGGCGUCGACCCGCCCGCCAUAGGCAAGGCUGUGCUCGGGCCGGGAUCGACCGCGAGGCCAAAGCCGCCAUCGGGGGGGAUGACUAUUCUGCACCGCGACCUCAAACCCGAAAAUGUGUUCCUCGGCGAGGACAACUCGGUGAAGCUGGGUGAUUUCGGCCUCUCCAAGGUGAUGCAGUCCCACGAUUUUGCGUCGACAUACGUAGGCACUCCUUUCUACAUGUCACCUGAGAUCUGCGCCGCCGAAAAGUACACGCUCAAAUCCGACAUCUGGUCAUUGGGCUGCAUCAUGUACGAGCUCUGCACACGAGAGCCGCCAUUCAACGCCAAGACCCAUUUCCAACUGGUCCAAAAGAUUAAAGAAGGCAAGAUCGCGCCCUUGCCGGCAAUCUACUCGCCAGAGCUCUUCAGCAUUAUCAAGGACUGUUUGCGGGUAAACCCAGACAGGAGGCCGGACACUGCGAUGCUGCUCAACAUCCCCCUGGUGCGGCUGAUGCGCAGGGAGAAGGAGGUGAACGAGUUCAGCAAGACGCUGAAGGCCAAGGAGGAGUCGCUCAGCAGGCGCAUCCGGGAGCUCGAGCACAAGAUGACGACACUGGACCAAGACAAGGCUUCAAUGCGUCACGAGAUCGACUCGUCUCUCCGCAGGGAAUGGGAGGUCAAGGCGCGGCUGGAGAUCGACAGGUUGGUUGGGCAAGAGAUUGAGCAGCUACAGAGGAAGUUUGACCACGAGGUUCAGCUUCGGCUAGAAAUGGAGCUGCAGAACAGGAAGGAUGAGGACGCCCGACACGACCUGGGGUCCUCCAUCUCCAAGUCCGACUAUCCGCAUUCGUCAAUAGGGAGCAACGAGGGCGAGCUUUCCUCGACGACGGAUAUGUCGGAGAUCUCCGUCGAGUCUCCCGACACGUCGAUGCACCCGCUCAAGAAGGCCGCUCGCACACCCUUUGCCCGCGCUCAGACGAUGUUUGCCAUGGCACCCGCCGGCACGCCAAUGGAUAUUGAGAUGAACUCGCCAUCACCUAUCACGAUUGCGUCUCUGUCGCUCUCUCCUCGUCGCAACGUCGGCACCAAGCCGCCAAUGCUCAACCCAAACAACAUCUUCACCGCCAACCAGAUAGCAGGUGAACCACAUUGGGAACCUUCCCAAGACUCCGACUCGGAGUUUGAAGACGACAUCCAAGUUCCGUCGCCGACGCGCAUGAUCAAGUCGAGCAAGAACCCCUUCACCUCCAAGGGUCGCCCGCAACUGCACGCCCAGAAGUCGAUGCCCACACACCGCCUGCAAUCUAAGCAAUCACAGGCGGCGCUCCAGGCUAAGACCAUCCCCGUCGCGGCCUCGACGCCCGAUUUGCAAACCGUCGUUAGAAGCACGGGAAGCAACGGCGCGCUGCACGACCGCAGCAACAGCCCCAGUCGCCGCCUCAGCAAGAUCCCUUCGGCCGCCAACCUGAAAACGAACAGCGGAAGCAGUAGCAACAGCGACGGCAGCGGCUCUUCGGCGCCUCUCAACCGCAAGCCCUCCAGGGGAAGCAACCUAAACAGCAAGGACGGGAGCGAACAAGGACAACAAACCUCCGGAACCACCCAGGUCCCCGUCCUCAACAAACUUGCCGCCGCCUCGGGAAAGAACAACAUCCGCGGCCGCACCCUCGUCGAGCUGCAACAAGCGCGUGCCGGUGGGAGGCCCAUGAGCGCCGUCUUUGCCAGCGAGCACACCGUUAGUCCCGUGCGUGCGUUCAGGGAGCACGCUGCGGCGGCAAACCGCGGCGGGCCCUUCUCCGAGCAGCCGGCCAUCUGGGACCCGGAUCGGGACGAGAUGCCGAGCCCGUUUCUAGUGCGCCGGAAGCCCAUUGUUGGGCUAGGGGGUCUGGGAUUUGUGAGAGGCGAGAGGGGGAGCGCCUGAUGCGCUUCUUUUUCGUACCCCCUCUCGUUCUUGCCUAGCCCACGGGUCUGGGGAGUGAACUUGAGUGUAGAGAGAGAGAGAGGGAUAAGCAGGAUAGAGGGUGUUUGUUGCGUAUAGAAGGGGAGGAGUAUGGUGUUGAUACCCAUUGCGUUUGUUUUGGGGCCACUCGUUUGUUUCUUUGGGUUUAUUUUCCCUUUGUCGGGGACGGCAGCGGAGGACGGCCGGUCGGCCAAAGCGCUGGGCGGUUAGCGGAACCGCGGUUGGACGGGAACGCAGGGCGACGAUGUCCUCAUGGCCAUGACCACGACUUGGGCUAUAACGGUGUUCGGAAGGCGGAGAUCAUUGUCAUCGUCAUCAUCAUCAUCAUUAUCGCCGCUUUGGGGCUGGGGAGAAUCCCCCGGCUUACACACUUUCAUUUGUCGUACGAGAGACGGCUGGGCAGACGGGGUGGCACUUGGACAAGAGGCGUUUUUGGGGG